CUUCAGUUUAGACGCUCUUCCUUCUGGAAGCCUUCCUGGCCCUGGAAAUCUGAGCUAGCAGCGCCCUCCAGUGGUUCCAGCAGCUCCCUUCUUACCACAACAGUCGCACAGUACCCUCUAAGCAUGUAGAUCUGGCGCAGGAAGGUCUCAUCAGUUAGCGAAUCCGCAGACCCUGGCUGAGGGCGAGAUACUCCGUCUGUCCGGUAAGUAGAAUAACGGGGAGGCCUGAUUCAUCCAGGUUAUCUCGGCAGCCUCACAGGCCUCACGUAUGGCUUCUAGCCUACUUCACGUGCACAGCCCUUCCCCGCCGCCCCGCGCUUCGCCACUGCCUUCCACUCCCCUCUCUCCCACCUCGCAAACCACAUUAUCUAGGCCGCAGGCCCACGAGCUCGCGGCGAGGCGGGAGCCGGCAAGAAAUGCCUGCCGCCAUCUUGCCCACCAGGAGUUCAGACAUGGCGCUGGGGCUCCCGAGCGCAGCGCUGUUGUUUCUGGCGAGCGCUCUCAUAUGCUCAGAGCACUACUCGCUCUUCUCUGAAAGGAGUAGGCGCGGCUCCUCGUGGGAACAGGCUGGCGGUCUGGGGUGGCCUGAGGCCGUGAGUAGGAAGCCCAGAGGGCAGAAGGCGCGCAAGGCCCACGAACAGGAAGAGUUGGACGCAAAGGGCAAUUGUGGAAUAGCACCACUUAUGCGUAUGUUCAAGGGGUCUCGGAUUGUAGGGGGCACAGAGGCUCAAACUGGCGCAUGGCCAUGGCUAGUUAGCCUACAGAUUCAUUCUGGCAGAUUUGGUGCUCAUGUAUGUGCGGGAAGCUUAGUGAAAAAUAGAUGGGUCCUCACGGCUGCCCACUGCACUAAGGACGCUAGAAAUCCUGUAAUAUGGAGAGCUGUGAUUGGAACUAAUAAUAUAAAAGGGAGUGAGCCAUACAGCAAGAAGAUCAAAGUUAAUGCAAUCAUUAUCCAUCCAGACUUCAACAUGGAAUCUUAUGAUAAUGAUAUUGCACUUUUUCACUUAAAAAAAGCAGUGCGUUAUAAUAAUUACAUUCAGCCUAUUUGUCUACCUUUUGGUGUUUUCCAAAGACUAAACAAAAACACAACAUGUUUUAUAAGUGGCUGGGGAAGAACAAAAGAAGAAGGUAAUAUUACCAAAGAGUUACAUGAAGCAGAAGUGCAUUAUAUUUCUCGAAGUUUCUGUAAUUCUGAGAGGAGCUAUGGGGGUAUAGUUCCUAACACUUCAAUUUGUGCAGGUGAUGAAGAUGGAAUUUUUGAUUCUUGCAGGGGUGAUAGUGGUGGACCAUUAAUGUGCUACCUACCAGAACGUAAACGAUAUUUUGUAAUGGGAAUUACCAGUUACGGAUAUGGCUGUGGUCGAAAAAAUUUUCCUGGUGUCUAUAGUGCACCAUCCUUCAACCAAAAGUGGCUGACAGAGCAACUCUACCAAUCAAGCAAUAAAGGCAUACUUAACAUAAAUAUUCUACUUGGACAGGUCCUUAUAGCCUUAGGUUCUGUUGUCUUACUUGCAACUCCAUAAAAAAAUUCUGAAGAAUCUUUAUUUUGCAUCGUGUCCCCUUCCAUGUUAUACAUAAUGAAAAUCAUUUAUUCUUUUGAUAAAUAAUUGCCCAUUUUAGAGUUCCCAUGUGAACAUUUUUUGGAAUAAAAGGACUGUGACAUAUUUGAUAAGUGAUUACAAAUUUGGCACUCAAUCACAAUCUUCCUUGAUGUAUCUUCUUAUACUUUAUAAUCAUAAUUUUGCAUUUGGAAUA